GCAUCAGCUUCCGAUUCACGUGAGUUGCGUCCGUUUCACCAAGGAGCAAAAAAAAAAAAUGAAGUCGACAAAAAGUGCUUCUACUUAAUUCAAUUUAUUUUUUUGUUGUCUUUUGGCUGACUGGAGACGGAAAAGAUUCAGUGCGGAAGUCGAUCGGACUUCCGACAUGCCGUCCAACAAAUCGGUGUCAGAGGCGCCCAUCACACAACUGCUCAACUGCAGGAUCCUGCGGGACCAUCGGCUGCAGAAUGAGGACCUGUGGGUGCGCGAAGGGAAGAUCCUGGAUCCGGAGAAGCUCUUCUUUGACGAGCAGGCGUAUGCCGACAAUCAGGUGGAUUGCGGCGGCGCUAUCGUGGCGCCGGGAUUCAUCGACGUGCAAAUCAACGGAGGUUACGGCGUGGACUUCUCUCAGGCCUCCGAUGACGUCAGCGCCGGUAUCUCUUUGGUGGCCCAGAAGCUUCUGGAACACGGCGUCACAUCCUUCUGUCCCACGUUGGUCACGUCGCCACCGCACAUCUACCACAAGGUCCUACCUCAGAUCAAAGUGCAGGACGGCGGCCCCCAUGGCGCAGGCGUCCUCGGCGUCCACUUGGAGGGCCCCUUUAUCAGCGCCAAGAAAAAGGGCGCACACCCCGAGCGCUUCCUGCGCACGUUCUCAGGGCCUGACACGGUCAUGGCGGACCUGAUGGACGUCUAUGGCGGGCUGGACAAUGUGGCCUUGGUGACACUGGCUCCUGAGCUGGAGGGCAGCCGAUGGGCGGUGAGCGAGCUGUGCCAGCGGGGUGUGACAGUGUCGCUGGGACAUUCAGUGGCCAACCUGUCGCAAGCCGAGGAGGCCGUCCGCCACGGUGCCUCCUUCAUCACGCACCUCUUCAACGCCAUGCUGCCGUUCCAUCAUCGGGACCCGGGCAUCGUGGGCCUGCUAACCAGUGAGCACAUCCCGGCGGGACGCAGUGUUUAUUACGGGAUGAUCGCCGAUGGCAUCCACACCAACCCCGCCGCCCUGCGCAUCGCCCACCGAGCCCACCCCAAAGGUUUGGUGCUGGUGACGGACGCCAUUGCGGCCAUGGGACUCGGGCCGGGCCGGCACAAGCUGGGCCAGCAGGACGUCCAGAUCUGCGGCCUGCACGUCUACGUGGCUGGGACGCAGACGCUGAGCGGCAGCAUCGCCACCAUGGACAUGUGUGUCAGACAUUUCAAACACGCCACAGGUUGCCGUGUGGAAGAAGCCCUUGAAGCGGCGUCGCUGCAUCCUGCGCAACUUUUGGGAAUUAGCCAGAGCAAAGGGACGCUCGACUUUGGCUCGCACGCAGACUUUGUUUUGCUGGAUGACGAACUCAACGUGAAGGCCACGUUUAUUUCCGGACAGGAAGUCUGGAGGAAAACCACCCAAGAGCAACAGUGACUGACUUGAAAAGCAACACAAAGAACUUUUACAUUUCAUAUUUGAAUUUCUUCCUUUCUAGUCCCUCUAGUCCCAUCUUCCUUUGUUGCUUUGAACAACAUCUGUCAAUUAAUCCUUCAACCACACAUCAUUUCCUGUUGUACCUUUCAACGUAAGACUCAUCCUCAUUUCCCCAAUGGCGGCUUGCCACUUUCUGCGAGAACGCGCCGCGCCCGCUGACACAUGAGCCAGAACCAGUAGAUCUGCAGGGGCCACAGAAACCCUGCCCCCAGGGUGCACGGCCACGGGGCCCCCAGGACCGCCUGGUGAACAGGGAUGGACGCGUAGCUGCGAGGCAAAAAGACUUCACAAUCCCUCCAUGAGCCAGCAUGUGGUGGACCGCCAUGAUUUCAGAAAAGUCCACCCACAAUCCUUUUGCGGUGAUAUGGGAGUCGGGAUGAAUUAUUCACUUGUCCCCUGACUCCCAAAUUAUUACAAAAGGAUUUUUGUAGAGUGGGCCAUAUAGCUCUCACUUUUUUUUUU